GUACCUUCGGAGACUGUUGUAGAGACAGAGGAUCCUAUCACUCAGCAAACAGAAUCGUCAACAUCUUCUGCAGGUAAUUCUUCAAACCCGCAGAAUGUUUUCUUUUGUCGAGUCUGCAAACUCUACUUCCGCACACGCGAACGCCUCCUACGACACGAGAAAAAGUCUGCAGUGCACAAUCGCAGACAGCUGAAUCGGUGCAAGCGCCUCAAGCUAUCCCCUGUUCCAGAAAACUCGCUUGGUCGACCAUGGGAGUGUAAAGAAUGCGGAUUGAUGUAUACUCGAAAACAUGGCUUGGAACGUCAUAUUGCCUUCGUUCAUCAUGGUGAAACGGCAUUUCGAUGUGAAUUUUGCAAUUUCCACGCACUGGAUCGAGCCAACUUCCGUCAGCACAUGUCUCGACAUUUUCAUCUCAAAAACUUCGCAUGUGAACACUGUGAUCAUCGUUGUAUCACGAAGCAAGAGCUGGAGGACCACGUUCGCUUCAAGCAUAGUGACAAACGCGAUUUCAAAUGUCCUGAUUGUGAAGCCACUUUCAAGACUCCAGGGACUUUGAGUCGUCAUCAAAAGACACACACCAACGUCUCCUACCUUUGCAAUCAAUGCAGUGCCUCCUUUAAUCGAAUGAGCAAUCUUAAACGCCACAAGGAGACCCUCCACUCUUCUUCAGCUGAGAAUAGACGCAAUCGAGGUAGACCUAAGAAAGAUGCGACUUCUCGGCAGAAACAAUUGCGUAAAGCGACUCCUAAUGAACAGCAGCAAGGCCCGCAGAAGGAGCAACACCAAGGGCAUCUGUCUGUAGUACAGGGGGCCAUCGAGGCAUCCGGACUUGAGUCGAUGUGGGAUUAUGAGGCGACGCGUAUUCAUUCUGCUUCCGAAGAUCAGCUUUGCACAACUGUUACCUCAACUGCGGUUAUCGAUCAACCAGUCUACCUUGUGACCUUUGAGACUGAGUCCGGAUGGAUUCCGGCUAGUAGUGUUGUCUCUGCAACUAAUCUAACCGAUGAAAGUCUCCCACUUCAUCUACCCCCUCCCUCUUCACAACUCCCCAAUCAGCCUCCUCCGCGUAGUGAUACAGUCCUCCCUUGUGUCUCGGACUUCUUUUCGUCCUUCCUAACUUCAGGUCCUACCACUGCAAGCAAUAACGUCCAGCACCAGUCGCCUUCCCAUCCUACCAAUGCAGAGAAUGUUCACCACCAAUCAGCACCAUCAAAUCACCAGCAUCACCACAUUUGGAGAUCUGAUGGAGAUAUGGUGGAUGAUCUUGCGAAUGGUUCGGCAGUCGGCACAGAUGAUCUAAUAUGUGACUUUCUAAAUUGCGAAGUCGUGACUGCUGAGGAGGACGUGGAGGCGUCUGGCUGUUCUGAAAAUGCUGGAACUAAUUUCUCGGUAGGGUAUCUAAUCGGUGGAGGAGCUGGUGGUAGUGGAAAUGGCAUUAUUGAACAAGGUGGAAGUCGGGCUGGGGAAGAAUUACACACAUUACCGACGUCUGAUUGUCUCUCUCUUGUUCCGAUUGUCACUACAGCCUUUGAAGACUCCUCAAGUGCUGGAAUUAAUAAUAACGCUCAAGUUCACGGAACGAGUGCCUUCCAUCCAUUUUGGACCUCAAUAUCAUCCAGCGGAUCUGCAGGGGAAUGUGCGGCAAAUGCUCAAUCAGGAAUCAUUCACGAGGGAUAUGAGGAAUUUGAACAGCACGAAAAUGAUAUGUGA